AUGGGGCGUAAAGUUGUGAAGGCAAAGCCAGAGUUGAUUCUUAAGGAAGACGAUCCUCUUUUUGGAGUGUUAAGAGAAGAUCAGGUCGGCUUACAUCCUUUACUAGGUAGACCAAGAAUUGCUCCAGAUGUUUUAGAAGGUAUGCGUCAGUAUUUGAGGUUAGCUAAUGCUGAAGACAAAGCUCUAAAGAUAGAGAAAGUGAAAAAGUCAGUGGCUGAUGCUGAGAAAGAUCCUAUUGCUCAAAAAACAGUCCUCCGGUUGGAACCAGCUCCGAUCAUCUCGACGGACUACAGCAGAGGAAAAGGGCUGGUUUUCGGUUAUGAUACGUCAGUAGUGGAAUCCUCGCAACCUGCAAAUACAUAUGGUAUUGGAAAAUUGUUAUCAGGGGCGAUUCAGGCUGAAAGGAACAGGCUAAAGUCUCAAGCUUCUUCAGAAGUGUUGCUAGGGACUCAGGCGGUGGUUGACUAUCCUCUCUCUUCCUCCUCUUUUCAAUCUUGUCCAACGGCUUAUGUGAAGAGUAGAAGAUUAUGGCAUAACUCUGGAGACAAGAACACUAAGUUUUUUCAUGCCUCUGUGAAAGCGGAUAGAUCGAAUAAUGGAUUGGAAGCUCUUUUGGAUGAAGACGAGAUUCUCCAUCGUGCGGAAGCUUCUAAAGGAGAGGUGGCAAUCUCCUAUUUCGAGAACCUCUUCUCUUCUUCGUUUCCGGUUGACCCUUCAGCUCUUUUUGAAGGCUUUCUUCCUAGAGUCACUAUCCCGAUGAAUGAUAAGCUGAUGUCAAAAGUUUUGAAAGAAGAGGUCAGGGAAGCGGUCUUCUCCAUUAAAGCUGCUAGUGCUCCUGGGGCAGAUGGAAUGACAGGUUUGUUUUUCCAACAAUAUUGGGACAUUGUUGGAAAACAACUCACUCUAGAAGUGCAAAGGUUCUUCGAUGAAGGUUUUUUUCAAUCUGAAUGGAACUUUACACAGAUAUGUUUAAUUCCAAAGAAGGUUAACUCAGUUCUAAUGUCAGAUUUGAGACCCAUCAGCAUGUGCUCAGUUAUGUACAAAGUGAUCUCCACAAUCAUGGUGUCAAGAUUGCAGCCGUUUCUCCCGGAUUUAGUCUCUCCUAAUCAGUUGGCUUUUGUGGAGGAUAGACUGAUCUCAGACAACAUUAUCAAAGCUCAUGAAGUAGUACAUGGGUUGAGAACACAUGAUGCAAUAUCGAAGAAGUUCAUGGAAAUUAAAACUGAUAUGUCAAAAGCCUCUGACAGGAUUGAGUGGAGCUACCUGCAUCACCUUCUACUAGCUUUAGGGUUUCACUCCUCUUGGGUAGACUUGAUAAUAAAGUGCGUGACAUCAGUGACCUACACGGUUUUGAUUAAUGGUCAACCCCAUGGGAUGGUGUUUCCUGAGAGAGGGCUAAGACAAGGUGAUCCCCUUUCGCCCUUUCUCUUUGUUUUAUGUGCAGAAGGGCUUACCCAUCUCCUUAAUAAGGCUGAACAGCAAAGGCUUAUAAGCGGGAUGAGUUUCUCUGUUGAUGGACCGUCAAUCCAUCAUCUGCUUUUUGCUGAUGAUACCUUAUUCGUUUGUAAGGCGGAAGAAGCACAAUGUGUGGCUAUUAACAAUAUUUUGAAGAUUUAUGGUGAGGCGACUGGUCAGAUGAUUAAUCUGGAUAAGUCUUCAAUUACUUUUGCUGCAAAGGUGGAAGAAGGUAUAAAGGCCCAAGUAAAAGCUAUUAUGGGUAUUGAUAAAGAGGGUGGAGCAGGAACUUAUCUAGGAUUGCCAGAAUGCUUCAGCGGUUCCAAAACAGAUAUGCUAGAGUAUAUCAAUGAUAGAAUGAAGAAUAGAUUGUCUGGUUGGUUUGCAAGGUCUCUUUCUUCAGGUGGGAAGGAGAUUCUAUUGAAAACGGUGGCAAUGGCAAUGCCGGUUUUUGCCAUGUCCUGUUUUAAACUUCCAAAGUCUACUUGUGAUUCUCUCUCUAGCGCUAUGUCUUCUUUUUGGUGGAGUUCAAUAGAAAAUCAGAGAAAGAUUCAUUGGAUAGCGUGGGACAGGCUGUGUUUGAGAAAGGAUCAAGGAGGUUUGGACUUUAAAGACAUCGAGCUUUUUAAUCAGGCAUUAUUGGCAAAGCAAGCUUGGAGACUUUUACAGGACUCUGAUAGUCUAUUCUCUCGUUUUCUGAAGAGUCGGUACUAUGAAAACUCUUCCUUCCUUUCAGCAGAGUGUGGGAGGAGGCCGUCUUUUGCCUGGAGAAGCAUCCUACAUGGAAGGGAUCUUCUGGAGUUGGGUUUAAAGCAAAGAGUAGGAGAUGGAGCCUUCAUAAAAGUUUGGUCUACUCCCUGGUUGGAGGAUGCAGGAAUGAGAGUUAAUGAAAAACAUACUGGUAGAUUUGGAACUAUCAGUCAAGGAUUUAAUAGAUCCAACCACGAGAGAUUGGAAUCCUUUGGCUUUGGAGGAGAAUUUUUUCCAACUGGAGAUUAUACGAUCAGAUCAGGGUAUUGGUUGGCCUGCCAGACUUUUAGAGAAGAGGAAAUAAUACUGGCAACAAUGCUUCCUUCCUUAAAUGAGAUUAAAGACCAGAUCUGGAAGUUGUUGGCUCCCUCCAAGUUAAAGAUUUUCAUUUGGAAGGCAGCUAGUGGAGCAUUACCGGUGUUGGAAAGACUAAACUCCAGAGGGAUGAAGUUGGAUCCGCUGUGUGAAACAUGUGGGAUGGAAGGUGAAUCUAUCAACCACCUGCUGUUUGAAUGCUCGUUUGCUAGGCAGGUUUGGGCAGUUGCAGGGUUUCCCUUACCAGAGAAUGGUUUUGACAAAAUUUCGAUCUAUCAAAACUUGCACUUGGUGUUUUCCAUUUGUAAGAAUGUCCAGCUUUCACUGCAGAUAAAAAGAUAUCUUCCCUGGAUUCUAUGGCUCAUGUGGAAAAAUCGUAACAACUUGGUCUUUGAAGGUAAUGUUUACCUGAUUACUGAUUUAGUCAAAAAGAUCAGAGAGGAUGCGGAAGAAUGGUUUCAAGCCCAGAAGUUAGAUGAGAAGGAAGAAACUUCGUCUUGGGACAAAGAUAAAGCUAUAAGUGGUGCAGCGUGGGUUCUGAGAAACUCGGAAGGGACAGUCCUGCUUCACAGUAGACAUUCCUUUGCGUUGAUAAGGUCAAAAGAGAAAGCUGCAUUGCAAAGCAGUCUAUGGGCAAUGGAGAGCAUGAAAAGCUUACAUAUCCCGAGAGUGAUCUUUGCUUUAGAAAAUGCGGAGUUGGAAGGAGUGAAGAACAGACCGUCUGCUUGGCCAAACUAUAAGUUACAGGCGGAAAAACUUGCUUUGGCUCUGUCCUUCAUCUCAGAUUGGAAAGCAAUCUGUGAAACAAGAAAGGCUAACUUAGGUGCAUUCUUGAUAGCAAAGAGUGUCACAAGUGGUGAAUGA